AUGUCUACCACUACCACAUCUACAUCUACUACUUCUACCUCUACUUCUACUACUGCUGCACCCGCUGCAGCGGCGGCAGAGAAUAAACUACCUGCACCAGAAGGUGGAGAGAAAAAGAAUAACAACAACAACAAUAGAAGAAACAAUAAUAAUAAUAGAAAGCCAGCAGGUGAAAAGAAAGAAGGAGCAGCAGCAGGAGGUGAAAAGAAAGAGGGAGGAGGAGGAAGAGGAUCACCCAACAACAAUGGAAAUGGUGAAAAGAAGAAUAAUACUCCAAGAGAAAAGAAACCAAAUACAAGACCACCAAAGAAAGCCUCUACCACUUCAACAACAACAACUACUAGUACAUCAUCAACUACAACAACAGCAGCUGAAGGAGGAGACUCUAAACCAAAAGAGGAAGGGUCUAGAAGAGGUCAUGGACAUGGUCACGGUGGACAUCGUGCUCAUGGUCAUGAUCAUGGUCAUGGUGGUCACGGUCACAGUCACAGUAACGGUCCACGUGGAGGUGCUAGAGAAAAGACCAACAAAUCAGCAGCACCACCAGGAUUCUCUGAAAAGAUUCCAAUGAUUCAAGAUACAGCAUUAAAUACCUAUUUGGAGACAUCUCGGUUUGAAGCAACCGGUGUAGAUUGUAUUCUAUGUAUUGAACCAGUUGUCUUUUUUGCUAUUGGUGAAUGUGAUCACAAUGAAGCUUGUUCUAUUUGUGUUCUUAGACAACGUGAAUUAUAUAAAGAAUACAAGUGUUGUAUGUGCAAGACUGAAAUGGAAAAGGUUAUCUUUACACAAGAUGCAAACAAGAAAUUCAAAGAUUAUGACCUAUCUAAACUAAUCUUUAAUAGACAUUUAAAUAUCUAUUUUACCAGUGAAGUGUACGAACAAGGUAUCUCUUCACUUUGGCAUUUCCAAUGUCGUUCCUGUGACCAUGAACCAUUCAAUACUAUGAAACAAUUAGAGUUCCAUUUAAAGACUACUCACAAGAGAGUUUAUUGUGAAAUUUGUUUAAAGGAUAGAAAAGCAUUUUUACCAGAACAAGAAGUAUAUGAUCCAAAAUACAUUCCACUUCAUUUGAUUGAAUGGAAUGGAGGAGCUGGAGAAGUGAGAAAGGGUAAAAAGGGACAUCCAGUGUGCAAGUUUUGUACGCAAUACUUUUACGGCGACGACCAUCUCUAUGACCAUUUGCAAAACAACCAUUUCACUUGUUUCAUCUGUGAGAAGCAGGGUAUCCAGUACCAAUACUACAGAGACUAUGCCAAGCUCAGAGUUCACUUUAUCGACGAGCAUUUCCCAUGUAACCAUCCAACCUGUAUGGAAGAAAAGUUUAUCGUCUUUGUCGAUGAAGUUGCUCUCAAGCAACAUGAAAUAUCGACACAUCUCAAUACCUCGGGUAUGUCCAAACUCCAAAUUAGACAAGCUACCCAGAUUAGUAUGAAUUUCACUCGUGGUUCUGGUACUAGUAAUAGUAAUAGUAAUCAAUCACAAUCAUCAUCCUCUUCAUCAUCAUCAACUAUUCCAACUACCUCUACUACUUCUACAACAUCGACAACUUCGACAAGUUCUUCUUCAUCUUCUACUUCUUCAAUUCCAGCAGUUAAUAUGGAUGAAGAAUUCCCAGUUAUGCCAGGAUUACAAUCAACUACUAGAUAUCCAGCUCGUGCACCUGCUCCAAAGGCAUUUAAUCCAGACUUUAAACAAGAAAAGCAAAAGCAAUUGUCGCAAGAAGAGAUUGAUGAAAAGAAUCGACAACUCGUCCAAAGAAUCCAGGGUAUCUUGGAUGAAAAGAGUUAUGGCAUCUUUAAGCAAAUGUCACAAGAGUUUAGACAAGGUACACUGGGUGCCAACGAAUACUAUACUAGCUUUAUGAAGAUCUUUGGCAAGGAAAAGGCAUUUGCCAUCUUUGACGAUCUCGUCUCUCUCUUGCCAGACGAGGGCAAGCGUACCUCACUCUUGCAAUUGCACUACUACAUGAAGAACAUGGAGCAACAAUAUCCAUCACUUCCAACCGCCUCUAAAAAGAAACAAGACCAAAAGAAGGGUUCUGGCUGGAACAGCCAUUCCAAUGUAAUGGAACAAGUUAAAAAGGGUCCAACUGGUACAGUUGUAUCACGUCCCUAUGUUUUAACAGCUCAUCCAGCACCAAGUAAUAAUAACAAUAAUAAUAAUAAUAAUAAUAAUAAUAAUAAUAACAAAAACUCUAUGGCAUCAAAGAUUACAACUCAUAAACCACAACAACAAACUCAUUUCACAUUGAGUGGUAAUACAUCGAGAAGAACUACUUCUGCUGCUCAUCACGACGAUGAUUCUGAUGAUGAUUAUCCAUCACUUCCAACUACCUAUGUACCAGGUGUUGGUGCAUUCUACAAUACUGGUCCAACCUCUACAACCAACUUUUCAAAACUUGUUGUUGAGAAUAAUACUUCGUCCUCAUCCUCUUCAUCGUCCUCAUCAUCGACUCCAGCUCCAUUACGUUCAAAUGUUAAACCAACCAAUGAUGACUUCCCAUCACUUCCAAUGGCACCAAAGAAAAAGACUGCUGCCAAGACAUCUUCUGCUUCUGUCCCCGCAGCUGUUGUCGAGCCACCCAAAGGAUACGGAGUUGUCAAACAAGGCAAAAAAGAAAGAAUUAUCUUGGGAUAUAACAAGAAUUAA